AUGGUGAAAUGGACAUGCAGGUACAUUGAUCAAUUGUCCAGAUGUUUAUACAUGGAAUACAAGAACUUGGGGAUAGAUGUUCAGUGCCAGGUACCACUAUAUGUCUCAACCAAAAUGACCUCAAAAGUUGCACUGAUAGAGAAAUCGUCACUGUUCGUGCCAUCGGCGGAAAAUUACGCUGGAGCUGCAGUGCGGCAGAUAGGCUACGAAGCACGGUGCAUGCCUUACUGGGGCCACUCAGUGCAGUGGUUCUUCGCCUCCUUGUUGCCUGAAGCUGUUCUUGAUGCUUGGCGUCUGUCUAUCGGAAUCCGCCGGAGGGGAAAAGCUUGUUGA